AUGCAGGAACCGGACCGGAAAAUUCACAACGGUUCCGUGAAGGACAACAUUUUGCGGAGUGACCCAUGUACUCUGGAACACAACUGUGUGCCCAUCGAGCGACAUGAAGAUAAAGCCAAACGAGAGAAAAAAGAGAAAGGUCUUCAAAAAUUCAGCGCCGGCGGUUAUGAGAAGAAGAGGAAGGAAUUUUCAAGAGAAGCGUCGCCCAGAUCAGAAAAAUCUCCAUGGAAUAUGUGCCAGAUGAUUUUCUCCUCUUGCCGAGUAGAGCUGCAGAAUAGAAAACAGGAUGAGCAGGAUUUACACAUACAUCAUGCGCAUCUUGCUGACCCUGCACAGAUUGCUCAUCCUGCACAUCCUGCUCAAAAUGGCCUCCUCACAUUGGACACCUUUGUACAAUUCGUGCAUCGUGCUGCUCAGAAACAGAGGUGCCGAUCAUGCAUGCGAUCACCCGGCACAAGAACGUGGCUACGCAGCUAUACGCGGGCUGCUAAGGAAGCGUUCCCUGGGGCACACGUAGAAGGAUGUGCCUUUCAUUUAGCCCCAAUUUGGAACAGUAAAGCCAACGAACUAAACGUCAGGAAUUUCAUAAAGGAGCCAAUGUAA